AUGGGGUCCAUGACCGGGUCGGUGGUACGGGGGCCCCCCAUGGGACGUGAAAACUGUGCUAUUUUUCUGGCGGAACUCAUAGGCCCACAUUGCUCCCCUGUAUUAUUAGAAAUACUUAAUUACGCGUUCUCCUUAAUUUCGAGGGUCGUACACGGCGCAGCAGCACCACCACAGGCGCCUCGGGCCUCCCUGUACGGCGGCCAGAAGGGGCCUCGUGGAGGAUCUCGGCUUGGGAUAGUACCCGCACGUUUGUGGAAGGGGCCUUCAGAGGCUCCUAGGCCACACACUGCAGAGAUGAAGGCGUCCCUGACUCCAGAAGAAUGCAGGAGCCCUUUAGGGGAUACUCACGAAGAGGGCCCCUCGGAGAACUCUGUGGAGGCGUUCUUCUCCGAGCUGGCUCGUCUGAUGUUGCAAGGGCCUCAGGGAGGCGCAGCACAGGCAGCAGCAGCACAAGCAGCAGCAGCACGAGGGCUUUGGGAUUAUGAUCUGGGGUCCAUUCUUUCAGACUUCCUGCGACUGACGGACGAGGGCCUCAUAGAGAUGGAGCAUGCAGACGAUAGGGGCCUCGAAGGGUCUCCCAUCCCUUCUCUGUCCCCAGACGACGGAUCCCCGGAGGGGGGCCCCCUCGGUAGCAAGUCGCCCAGAAGCAGGCGGAGGGGCGAUGCAGCCCAUACUAUGAACUUUUCCCAAGCUGCACUAUUGAUUGAGCGCUCGACGGCAGUUUGGGGCACACGCAUAGAAAGUCUGCAUGCGAUGGCCUUCAAUUUGCUCCACCAUGCGCAGCAGCAGCAACAACAGCAGGCCUGCAGGAGGCUCACUGAGGAUCUCGGGGGGCCCCCUCUCACCUUGCAACAACUGAGACAGAAAACGCUUCGCCAGUUGGGGUCGGCCCCUUGUCUUCUGAUGCCAGAGGCCCCACCUGCGCUCCGGCAAGAGGGGCCCCCCCCGGGGCCUCAGGGGACCAAAGCCCCUGACAUCAUCCGCCUACCUGCGAUUCUUAGGGGCCCCUCAGCGCCUCCCUUCCCGGAAAAGGCGAAGAACCAGAGCGCUGAGGACGGAGGCUCCGAAAAGAGACUUUGCAGCGCUGUAGCGAUGCCUCAGGCACCAGACGAGGGGCCUCGAAUGGCAUACAACGAGCUACGUGGUUUACAGGUGACGAUCUUGAGGGUCCAUAGGGAGACGGGGGCCCUUCUAGCGACUGCCUCUGACGCUGCCGCUUACAACGCGCUUGCUAGAGAAGCUGAUAGACACCAGGAACGUCCAAAAGAGGGCCUAGUGACGGUGUCUCCUGCGGAAGGCCUUCCGUAUGCGGAGGCGGGUUCUGCUGGCACAUGGGAGGAGUCUGCAGACGUGUUUGAGGAAUGCGAGGCUCGCGCAACCCCACCGCCGCAUCCAGAAGAGGGGCCCAAAGGGGCCCCCUCCUCUGCAAAAGACUCUCGAAAUGGCUUUUCUCCAGUCACAGCGACUAGUUCCGGAGCUCUACAGACAGACCAAGGCGAAGGCUUCGGGAGAUCCCCUCGGCAGCAACUCAACGAACCCGACUGUUGGGUUCGUGAGCUUUUGCGAGAGGGCCAAGGGGCCCCCCCCCAUGAGAAAUCCUGCGGGGCCCCUGGGGGCCCCCUUGUCUCUCUGGGUAUACCCGAAAUUCGCGCUGUUCUGGGACUGCCAGAAGAUUCUGGCCCUCAGGAGGCCCCUGCUGAAGGGCUAAUUAAAACUCGCCCCCUAGAAGGCUGCGCUCUCUUCGAUGCGCUGAUGAGCUUACCAAGCACGUGCGAAGAUCCCAGAGAGACUCAGGGGCCCCAGGGGGGGGUCGUGUGCCGGGCCCCCCCGCCAAGCAUCUUGGAGGCGCCCGAAGAAAACUCGCUGCUGCAAGUUCCUGGGGGCCCCCUCAUGUUUCAUAGGGCCUCUACAAGGGAGGGGCAGGAGGCCCUUCUUAGGGGCCUCUGGGGAGCGAUCCCCACGAGAGAGAUCCCGCAUUCUGGCGGUGUCGCAAGCGCAAACUCGAAGGGGGCCCCUCCGUGUUGCGCAACGCUGCCCGGCUACCCAAAGAUUCGGCUCCCUGGGGCCCCCCACGCGCGCCUCCUGUGGCGACAACUGUGCCCUCCUCUCUUGGACAGACACCUGCAGCAGCAGCAGCAGCAACCGCAGCGACUACAGUGGCUGCAGCGCUGGCAGUGGGCAGAUGACUUGCUGCUGCUGCGUCUUCGGGAGCACCUCUCCGCAAGGAAGCAGGUCGUGCGGAUGCAGGCAAUGGCUGCAGCACGUGCUGAAGCUCCUGCCCCUACCGACAGAGGGUUGAUGGAAGUAGUAGUAAUAGCAGAAGUAGUAGUCGUCGUUGGUGCAUCUUUCGUGGCUCCGAUUCGCUUUCUCUGUCCAUCCGCAGCAGCAGCAGAGACAGCAGCAGCAGAGAGAGCAGCAGCAGCCACUGCAGCGGCACAGGCGGAGGCUGCCGCGGCAGAAGAGAGUUUGGCAGUUCUUGGUUCAUGCGAACGGGGAGAGGACGAGGCCAUGGCAGAUAAUUUUGGAGAGGACGCGUGGGAAUGCGGGGAGCUGCGGUUGAGUGCGACGGAGGCUGCGGCAAUACAAGAGGAAAUCUGCAAGGCACAACAGCACCGAAUGGCGGAGCUGAACGCAGCAGCAGCAGCGGCAAGGAGGAGCUCCAAAGGAGAAGGAGGAGGGCUGCCAACUGCUGCAGCAGAUGAGGAGCUUGCCAUACAAAUGCGGGUAGCCCGCUGGAAUGCGUACGUGGAGGACCGUCUGCUGACGCUGCAGUCGCUGCCAUCGUUUGAUAUUCGGGCAUAUGAGACGUCUCUCCUUCGGGAGGCCUUGCUCCUGCAACAGAAGCAGCAGCAGUCACAGGAGCGAGAGGUGCGAAGAGAGGCGGAGAUAGAUGAUCCUGAAAUCGGACCUCGUGCGCUGCCUGACGUUGUCAGACAUCCCCAGGAGAGUUCUCCUUCCGCCUCGCUUGAGAGCCCUAAUCCCAGCAGCGACAGUGGCAGUGGCGCUCGCACCAGCAGUCCAACAGCUACAUUUGCAUCGCUGGUUCAGGGGAAACCUCGAUAUGAGGUCUGCAGGGCCUUCCUCACAACGCUUUUGCUGACAAACGCCAGAAAAGUUUCCAUUCUUCAGGAGACAGAGGAAGACUCCCGUAAGUGGUGA